CUUGCUCAGCUGUAGCUCGAGCUGCCUUGGGCGCCUCACACUCUCACUGACUGACUGCCGGUAGACCCUUGCUGAGGUCUGCGCUGCCACGACAAGGUCCUCGCGUGACGACUCGGAGACUCGCCUCACCGCGUUCUCUAGCCAUAGCCCGUCAUGAACAAAGAUGUGCAGUCACACGCCGGGACGCGGGCCAUGGAUCCCCAGCACAGAGAGGAUGAUAUUGGCAUUGCCGGCGCGCCAAUCUCCACGAUUGUUGAUCAAGACGAUGAUCCCAAAUUCCAGGACCAUGCCGCCUUGGCAGAGCUCUCCCAAUCUAGGCGCGGGCUCAAGCAACGACAUAUCCAGAUGAUUGCCCUGGCGGGCACCAUCGGCACGGGUCUUUUCCUCGCAACGGGCGUGGCGCUCUCCAGAGGCGGCCCGCUCGGUAUUCUCAUCGCGUAUUCCGUCGUCGGGCUGCUCAUGUGUUGCGUUGUCAUAUCCGUGGCGGAGCUGAGCGCCCUCGUUCCGCUCUCGGGUGGCAUCAUCCGCCACGCGGAAUGGUUCGUCGACCCGGCGCUCUCCUUUGCCCAGGGCUGGAAUAGCGUUUAUGCAAACGCCAUAUUGCUGCCGGCAGAGAUGGUGGCUUGCGCCGUCAUUAUCGACUUUUGGUCGCACAUCAACCACGCCGUCUGGAUCACGUCUCUCGGUGGCUUGCUUAUUUUUAGCAACAUGCUGCUGAUUAGUGUCUAUGGCGAGAUGGAGUUUGUGUUUGCCAUUCUCAAGAUUGCUCUCAUCGUGGGGGUGAACAUCAUGAGCAUUUGCAUCACUUCGGGAGCAGGACCUACGGGCCAAAGCAUUGGGUUCCGCUAUUGGCAUACGCCGGGGCCUUUCGUUCAGUACCUCGACAUCGAUGGCGCCUGGGGUCGCUUCCUCGGUUUCUGGCGUGUCAUGGUCAGCGCUGCAUAUGCCUUCUCCAACGUGGAAAACAUUUCUGUGCCCGCGGCGGAGACACAGAGCCCCCGUUACAACAUUCCCAAAGCAGCCAAGCGGGUUUUCUGGAGGAUAGCCAUUUUCUACGUCAUCACCAUCUUUUGCAUCGGCCUCAUCGUGGCGUCCAACGAUGAGGCGCUGACAGCCCACUCGGGCGAUGCUGGAGCCUCGCCAUUCGCAAUUGCAGCAAAGAACGCCGGUAUCAAAUAUGUGCCGUCCAUCAUCAACGCGGUCGUGGUAACGAGUGCGUGGAGCGCGGCUAAUUCCGCCAUGCUUGUUGCCACCCGAACCCUAUAUGGACUCGCUUUGGAGGGCCACGCGCCAAAACUACUCACUCGCACCAAUCGUUUCGGCAUACCUUGGCUAUCCGUAGCCGUCGUUGGAUCCGCCAUGGGGCUGGGAUACAUGACCCUUUCGUCGGCCGCCUCUAUUGUCUUCGACUGGCUACAGAACCUCGUCUCCGCCGGUUCUUUUGUGCACUGGAUCAACAUCGAGAUUGUGUAUCUCAGAUUCUUCUAUGGAUGCAAGAAGCAGAACAUAAGUCGCGACGAGCUUCCCUGGAAGGGACCCUUCCAACCCUACGCCGCCUGGAUAGGCCUUCUGUCAUUCAGUCUCCUCUUGCUGACUGGGGGAUUCACCGUCUUCAUCAAAGGGCAUUGGAGCCCGCAGAGCUUCGUAUCCUCAUACUUUAACAUACCACUCAUACUCACGCUAUACUUUGGAUAUAAGUUUGGCAGGAAGACGAGGCUGGUAGCUCUCGAUGAAAUGCCUAUCCGCGGCUUCAUUGACAUUGCGAAUGCGAACCCAGAGGAUCCGCCUCUGCCAGCGAGAGGAUGGCGGAAACUAAAUAUACUCUGGGGUUAAAAGGCUCCAUCAUCACCAAUUUCCCUGGCCGAAUUGCCCUUUUCAAGCAAGCGGAAUCACUCCUCUAAUUUAUAAAAUCCUUAAGGCGACACAAUAUCGGCUUCUUUUAGAAGGUG